AAAAUAAAAAAAGAAAAUUAAAGUUAAGAAAAGAGGCAAAAAGUAUUAUACUAAAUUCUAUACAUCAUAAUCUAAAGACCGAUACAAUAAUCUAAAAAAUAGCAAACAAAACACAUGAGCUUCUAUCCUAUUAACUAAAAUCAAAUUUUGUAGAACACACCACAAAGUAACAUGUUCUAAUAAACUACUCCUCUAUUAUAUUUGCAUCAACCUUAAUGCAUUAUCAUUUACUCAACACCAUUUAUUCAAGGAAACUCAAUAGAUAAUAAUAAUAAUAUAUAAUAAUUUACCAACAAUGUCAAUAAUCAUGUAAAUAUUUAUGAACAACCUUAAUAAAUCAUUUUAAAUAAUGAACUUCAUAGGAUGCACAAAUCUAAUGAAAUACUUACUAAUAGUUUCCAUUAUUAAUAAACUGGCUAAGACGCAACCCACUUUCUCCAUCAAUAAUAAUGCAUUUCUUAAUAACCAUGCUUAGACAUGUAGGGAAUCUAAGAAAUUUCAAAUACUUUUUCUUCUUUUGCUCAUCUCGAGAGCUAAUAAAGCACCACAUAUGAAAGGAAUUCAUUCUCAUGUUUAUAAUAAACACCACCAUCAUCUCUUAAAACCUAACCUAACUCUUAUAUUUCAAAUAAUAUAUUAUUGAAAGUAACUCCUCUUAGUAAUGUAAUUGAGUAAGAGAGCUAGGCAAUGCAAACUGAAGAAAUGAAAACCUUCUAAAAUACAAAAUUACAUGAAAUUGGAUAAAAUAACACAAAGCAAGAUUAGCAGUAUAUUUAUAAUCAAAUAAAGACUGAAUAGUCAGAUAUUUAAAAGAAAAAAAACAAACAAUCUCAAAAGCAAAUAAUAAAAAAUGAAACAAAAUCUAUAAAAAAUGAAAACUCUGUUAUUCAUUCUGAUACUUAAUAAAAGAUUUAUCUAAACAAAACUACAAGUCUAUCUGAUUCAUAAAAUGAUAAAUCAGGAUUAUCUGAAUUUGAUUAAAAAAACUUUAUUGAAUAACCUGUUGAAUAAAAAAAAUAGAACCUAAUUUAAUGCACCUAUAAGUUACUACCUGUAACUUAAAAUGAAUAACUAUAAGCAGAAUCAAAAAACUGUUGUGAAAAUGAGAAGUUUUUACAAGAAUAAAUUAAGUAAAAUAAUAAGUAAUAGAAUGAAAAAUAAUUGUUACAAAGUUAAUCAAUAGAUUAAUAAUUUAAUUUCAAUUCAAGUAAUAGUAAAAAAACUAAUAACUCCAACCUUUAAUAAUCGUAAAAUGAAAUUCUAAAUAAAAUUAUGAAUGGUAAAUCUUAUUCUGAAGGCAAAAUACUUAAAAAAUUUUAACUAUCUGAUGCACUGUAAUUUGUAAAGCAAUGUGUUUUUAACUAAAAAAAAGAAAUUAUUUUUGAAUAAAAAAAUUUAAAUCCUUUCAAAUUAAGGCAAUCAAGUCUCAAAAAUGAUGAUAUUGUCUUUGCAUAGAUCAAAGAAUCUAGAAGAAAUAACCGCCUUAAUAACAAGGAUGACGAAUAACUUAAAUUCAAAGGUGAAGGUAGUUUUUAGGAUCCAGAAUUAAUUAGUGAUGAAGAUGAUGAUUCAUCCAUGAAUAAGUAAUCUUCCUUAUAAAGGUAAAAACCUAUAAAUGGUAAAACACGUAAAGCAACCUCUAAAUUUCAUAAUUUGAAAAAGCUCUUUAUGUAUAAAUUAAUAGCUACUUUUAAUAUGAGUAAUAUGAUCGAUAUUGGCGUGCCCAUCUAGGUAAGAGAAACCAUCCUCAAAUUAAUGGUCAAAUUUAAGUUGUCUGCCAAAAAAUCUGAAGAAUUUAACAGAAAAACAGAAUUUUUCUCACAAGCUCAUUAUAAUGCUUUGUUUUUACAUCUAACACCAAAAACAAUUACUGCUUUAUCUCAAAAUAAAUUUGAAGUGUACUUACACAAGCUUAUAUUUCAAAUCGAUCUCGAAAAAAUUUCUCAUUACAUUAACAAUCCUUAAUAAUAAUAAGAAUUAAAUAAUAAUAACGCUUGCUAAUCUACACAAAUUGAAAUAGAAACUGAUCAAUUUAAUGAUUGUUUUAGAAAUCACAACGUAUGCUGCUAUGAAGAAAGAAUAUAAUAUAUUAACAUUCUAAAACGCUAUUGCUAUUAAAUCGUUAAAAACUCCAAUAUGUUUGGCAUCAAUGAUUAACCUGAAAACAAAUUAAAUCAAGGCAAUGAAGUCUGUUUUGAUGAAUAGUUACAAAUAUAAAACUAAGACAAGUAACUUAAUGAGCAGGAAAAUAUGCGUAUGGCAUAUACUUUCCGCGCUUUACAAGGCAUAUCUAAUUUAAAUAAAGGUUUAUUUGUUAAGAAAUUUUGA